AUGACCAAAGCAAACCGCCUCCCCAAGCAAAACCACCACCGCCGUCGUGUCCAAAGCCGAAACGACAACAGCUACAUCAACUCGCGCCACUUCAUCCAAACCUCCAACCAAGAGUCCGCGUCCGAAUCCAACGACUCUUCCGAGUACGACACCUGCUCUGGCUACGAGAGCGCCCCUGGCUAUGACAGCUCGCUUGAACAUUCGUCCGAAUACGACCCCUUUUACGGAUGCAGUUCAUCUUCUGGGGCGCCCAGCUCCUUUGGCUCUCGCGAUACCUCUCCCGAUCUUGAGUCCCCUGACCAGAAGAGCGAUAGCCCUAUUGCUGACUUAAACAGUCCUCAUCCUCUUGUAGCUCGCAAGGAGCGCAUUGCCCAGAAGCAGAGCUCCGACGCUACGUCUAAUGGGGUUGCCGAUGCGAAGGACUCCAAGUCCAACGGCUCGCCUGACAUGACCUCUUCCAUUGCUUCCAAUACCUCGAAGACUGGUUUCGCACCUGUCGAAGCGAACGCUUUCUCCAGCUCCCGCAUGUCGAAGGAGUAG